AUGGCAAUCUCUUUCCACGUUCGCUCUAACAGUCUUCCCUCUAGACUUCACCCACAAGCCGCUCAUGUCGAAGGUCAAUUAACCCGAUUGAGAUCUUCGGAGGAAGCCUCAACAUCUUCAAGCUCUUCUAUCUGUAAAAGACUUGACAACCUUCAAGAGCUUCAUGAGUUCCUUGAGAAGCUUAUUCGCCUACCCGUAACACAACAAGCUCUAUCUCAAGAACAGAACAAGAAAGCCGUCGAGCAGCUUCUUGAUGGAUCUUUAAGGAUCUUGGAUUUGUGCAACAUUUCAAAGGAUGCUUUGUCACAAAUGAAAGAGGGUUUGAUCGAGAUCCAAUCUAUUCUACGAAGAAAACGCGGAGAUCUAUCACGAGAGGUAAAAAAAUACUUGGCUUCAAGAAAGUCCAUCAACAAGACAUUCCAAAAAGUACAAAAGCCUUUGAAAUUUGCACAAGAGGGAGAAUCUUUAGCUGUCUUUCGAGAAGCAGAAGCCGUCACAAUUGCUCUGUUUGAUUCUCUCUUUAGCUACAUGUCUGGAUCAAACACUUGUGGCAAAUGGUCAGUCGUCUCAAAGCUAAUGAACAAGAAGAAAGUUACAUGUGAAGCUCAAGCAAACGAAUUUACAAGGAUUGAUUCCGAAUUGCUAUCCGAGAAGACCUUGAAGAUGGAAGAUGUUCAAAGUCUAGAGUCAUGCAUUCAAGAUCUUGAAGAUGGAGUUGAAUCAUUAUCAAAGGCUUUGAUUAGAUACAGAGUCUCAAUUCUUAACUCAUUAGGCAAUUAA